AAUUUUGUCAUUCAUGUCAUAGUAAGUUGUGAUGUAGUAGUAAGUGUAGGUGAAAUCUUAUAUUAAAGGAUUGUUGAUGUACUGCAUAGUGCCAAAAUGCCUCUGAUAGGAUGGCGUCGAGUUCUGAACAAAGCGAUGGUGAUACCCCAGCGCUAUGUCCUGGGUAUCAUGGGACUAUUCGCGUUGGGAAACUCGUUCACCAUGCGGGUUUGUCUCAGCAUGACCAUAACACAAAUGGUACUCCACACAGGGUCGACUGAACACAUUGUAGGGGAAACGUGCCCAGACCCGGCUAAUGUGGCUGUCUCUAAUGCGACGGCUGUGAAAGCACCUGUAUUGUUUACGGGGCGAGAUCGUUACGACUGGGACGAGGCAACGCAAGGGUUUCUUCUAAGUGCCUUCUAUUACGGUUAUGUUAUCACCCAUUUACCUGGAGGACUGUUGGCUGAAAAAUUUGGAGGCAAAUGGACAGUGGGGAUUGGACUUUUGUUGACAUCUGUAGCGACUGUCCUUACGCCUUUUGCUGUGACAGUCGGUGGAGCCACGGGGUUGUUCAUCAUUAGAGUUAUCGAAGGCUUUGGUGAGGGUCCAGUAACACCAGCCUUUGUCUUACUACUAGCAAGAUGGGUACCCCCAUCAGAAAGGUCUCGCUUUGGUGCCAUGAUAUUUGGAGGAGCUCAAGUAGGAAAUGUUUUUGGCCCCUACAUUUCUGGAAUCCUAUUAUCAAAUGGCGGUGACUGGGCCAAUGUAUUUUAUGUAUUUGGAGGUCUUGGAAUUAUAUGGUUCGUGUUUUGGGUUUUCCUAUGCUACAGUACGCCCAACACCCACCCAUAUAUUUCUGACGAAGAACGAGAAUACUUGAACAAUACUGUAGCCGCAACUGGUUUGAACAAAAAGCUGGACCCCGUGCCAUUCAAAGCUCUGUUACGAUCCGCACCUUUGUGGGUUCUUGUAAUGGCGGCUAUUGGCCACGAUUGGGGAUACUUCACGAUGAUAACAGAUCUUCCCAAAUACUUCUCAGAUGUCUUAAAGUUCAAUAUCAAAGAAACGGGACUCAUGUCAGCUUUACCGUACAUCGCUAUGUACGUGACCUCCUUUAUUUUCGCCAGUAUCUGCGAUUUGUGUGUCAAGAAAAAAUGGCACAGUAUUACAACAGGAAGAAAGAUUUACACAACAGUCUCGUCUUCCAUACCGGCACUGUUUAUUAUUCUGGCCUCAUAUUCUGGCUGCAAUCGUGCUGAGGCUGUUGGCCUUUUCAUAGCCUCUAUGGCGUUCAUGGGAGGCUUCUACAGCAGUGUCAAGAUCAAUGCCAUGGAUAUCUCCCCUAACUAUGCUGGUACUUGUUCCGCUUUCGUCAACGGUAUUGCUGCUAUAUCGGGCAUUAUUACGCCGUACUUGAUUGGGUUGCUGACUCCUGAUCAAACGAUAGGUCAGUGGCGCAUAGCAUUUUGGACCGUAUUCAUAGUACUUGUAGGGACCAAUGUCGUAUACCUUAUUUGGGGAUCUGGUGAACCCCAGUGGUGGGAUGACGUAGACAAAUAUGGUUACCCUCCUAAUUGGAAACAUGGACCUUUGAAGAAACGAGCAGUCGAUGGAGAGAAGAAAAUUGUUUAUCCUAAACAUGACCAUUCGCCCGUGUCAAAUGAUUGAUUGUAAAUAAAAUAUUUUUUUAAUUUUU